GUUCCAAUGAAAAAAUUGAAAGGAUACGGAACUAGGUGCUUUGCGGUUUGGAGCUCUAUUGGUAAAAUGCCUUAUUUACCCUAAUAGCUGUGCAAAUUUUUACGGUAGUUGGAUGACAAAAAGCUACCUUUAAGAGCAAACAAGCCACUUUAAAAUCCUUAAGAAAGCAAGAGAAAGCAGUUUAUACACUGAACAUUGUUUUAGAUAUGAAGAAACUUAUGGGAAAAUAAAGUUCUUUGCCUUUUGAACAAACUGCCUUCAAUGAGUAAUUCCUUUGCAAAUCUAAUAAGGAGACAAGGAAACAGGCAUUCAAAAAGAAAUGACUGCUUUAUAGAUGGGAAACAAACUUCAGAAAAUCUAGCUGUCUUACAAAAGAGUUGCUUCACCUGAAAGUUCCUUAUAAGAAAUCAAUGCUAAAUAUCACAGCUGCUAAUAACAUCAGGAGUUAAAGCUAAUGAAAUGAAAAUACUAAAUCCUGAAAGUGCUUUUUCUCAGAGUAAGCUAAUGAAGGAUAUGUUUCAUGAAAGAACAUCUAUGUUCUUGACUCCUUUGAAUAGUAACAGUUUUGGUGAAAAUAUUGGAACUUAGCAAUCAGGUCAAAAUGUUUCAAGAAAUUCAAGACGCUAUUCUCAAAAGAAAGCUGCCAUGCUUUGUGGGCCAUAUUAGAGCUCACUCCAAUCUUCCUGGUCCUUUAGCUGAGGGUAAUGCAAUGGCUGAUAAGUUAACAAAGAUAGUAGCAUUAUCCCAAGUGGAAAUGGCUCAACAGUCACAUGCUCUUCAUCAAAAUAGCAAAAGCUUAAGAAAGCAAUUCAAUAUCAAAUAAGCAGCUUGUCAAAUAGUUAAACGAUGUGGGGUAUGUCCAAAAUAUUUUUCUGUCCCUCACUUAGGGGUAAACCCUCUAGGUCUUCUUCCCAAUCAUCUAUGGCAAAUGGAUGUUACGCAUAUUGCAGAAUUUGGCAAAUUAAGAUAUGUACAUGUGACCAUUGACACUUAUUCAGGAUUUUUAAUGGCUAGUGCACAACCUGGGGAAGCUACAAAACAUGUAAUUAUGCACUGCUUGAAGUGUUUUUUGUAUAUGGGUAUACCAAAAAUUAUUAAAAAUGAUAAUGGUUCUGGAUAAUAGUAGGAAAGCAUUUCAGCAAUUUUGUACCCAAUGGGAAAUCGUACAUAAAACAGGUAUUCCUUAUAAUCCUCAGGGACAAGGUAUUGUAGAGAGGGCUCAUAGCAGUCUUAAAAUACAACUUCGAAAAAUAAAAAUAGAAAAGGAAGAAAUUUACCCUCAAUCACCACAUAAUGCAUUAAAUCAUGCUCUUUUUGUUCUGAAUUUUUUGAGUAUGGAUGUCCAUGAGCAGUCUGUCGCAGACAGAUUUUGGCACAGUGGCAUCCAAGUGACUUUUGCUCAAGUGAAAUGGAGAGAUCCCUGCUCGGGAUUAUGGAAGGGUCCCGAUCCUGUGUUAAUAUGGGGUCGAGGACAUGUUUGUGUUUUUUCACAAGAGGAGAAUGAAGCUCGGUGGUUACCAGAGCGUCUGGUAAGGAGCGUGGAACUAAGGAAGGGUCAGCUCCAAUGACGUUCCUAUAAAGGAACCAGAAUGAAAGUGGUGCUUCUUCUUCGGGAAAACACCAAAUGGCGGACAACGCCGGUGCAGCGGGAGGUCCCGGAGGACCCGGGGGCCCGGGACUAGGAGGCCGCAGCGGCUUCCGCGGAGGAUUCGGCAGUGGCCUUAGAGGCCGCGGUCGUGGUGGAAGCCGUGGCCGUGGUCGAGGCCGCGGGGCUCCUGGAGGUGAAGCUGAAGACAAGGAGUGGAUCCCCGUCACCAAGCUGGGCCGCCUGGUUAAGGACAUGAAGAUCAAGUCCCUGGAGAUCUACCUGUUCUCCCUUCCCAUUAAGGAAUCUGAGAUCAUUGACUUUUUCCUGGGCGCGUCCCUAAAGGAUGAGGUUCUAAAGAUCAUGCCAGUGCUGAAGCAGACUCGGGCUGGCCAGCGGACCAGGUUCAAGGCUUUUGUCGCUAUUGGGGACUACAAUGCUCAUGUUGGUCUUGGUGUUAAGUGCUCCAAGGAAGUAGCCACUGCCAUCCGAGGGAACAUCAUCUUGGCCAAGCUGUCCAUUGUCCCUGUGCGGAGAAGCUACUGGGGGAACAAGAUUGGCAAGCCCCACACUGUGCCGUGCAAAGUGACAGGCCGCUGUGGCUCUGUGUUGGUGCGUCUCAUCCCUGCCCCCAGAGGCACUGGCAUUGUCUCUGCUCCUGUGCCUAAGAAAUUACUGAUGAUGGCCGGUAUUGAUGACUGCUACACAUCAGCCAGGGGCUGCACUGCCACCCUGGGCAACUUUGCCAAGGCCGUCUUUGAUGCCAUCUCCAAGACCUACAGCUACCUGACCCCCGACCUCUGGAAAGAGACUGUGUUCACCAAGUCUCCUUAUCAGGAAUUCACUGACCAUCUUGUGAAAACCCACACCAGAGUGUCUGUUCAGAGGACCCAGGCUCCAGCUGUGGCCACCACAUAAGGGGUUUUAUACAAGAAAAACAAAGUGAAUUAAAUCUGCUAAAAAAAAA